ACACGAACGUCGUCGUCGACCAUAGAACAGGAGGAAGAAGCUGAAGUGUUUAGGGACGGGUCGGCAUUGCGCGAUUCGUUGCAUUCGAGUUUUGGCGUACGCGUGGUAGGCGGUGGCUCUAUGUCGGCGAAGUUGAGUUUAUGAAUUAAAUGUUCUGGUAAUGUUUUUGCGUGGGCAGUUACGUUAAAGAGAAACGUAUGUGGAGAAAUAGGACGGCUGUUAUCAACGAGGUAUCAAGAAGACGCACGUGCUUAAUUUCUUCGUUGUAGUUGUGAUAUUCAUUACGCGCCUUUUCACAUACUUUGUUUAGUAUUUAAUAAAAUGAAGAAUAAGAUAGUGUUCGUUAUUUAAACCGUGCGGACGCGAGGGAAGAAAAUCUUAUUAAUUUUAUUUUUGGUGACGUUUGAACAAAAUGAUUGCGGACGGGUAUCUUGUAGGCGACGGGUCAUGGAAUUUGAAAGUUUACGUUACGGACCUCCAAAUGGACAGGACACUGCGUGUUAAAGGAGAUCUUCAUAUAGGCGGAGUGAUGUUGAAACUUGUGGAAGAUUUAGACAUCGCCAUGGACUGGUCGGACCACGCGCUCUGGUGGCCGGCGCGCAACGCCUGGCUCGCGCGCACGCGCUCCACGCUCGACCAGUGCGGCGUGCAGGCGGACGCCGUGCUGCACUUCACGCCCAUGCACAAGACCCUGCGCGUGCAGCUGCCCGACCUGCGCUUCCUCGACUGCCGCGUCGACUUCUCCGUCAAGACCUUCAACGCCGUCGUCAACCUCUGCAAGGAGCUGGGCAUCAGGCACCCGGAGGAGCUGUCCUUCUGCAAGCCCUUGGAGCCGAACCACCUCAAGUACAACUACAAGGACCUGCCGGGCGCCAAGAGGAGGCACCACGAGACCAGGCCGGGCCCGAACAGCGGCCAGCCAGCCGCCGACACCAACACCUUCGUCUCGAACCACAGUCCGUCCGGCUCGACGGGCAGCCUGGACCACAGCCCCGCCCCCUUCAUGUGCGCCCCCGUCACUCCGACCCGGCAGCAGACCUCCACGCCCAUCAGCUCGCCCGUCUCUCAGUCGGGAACGUGGAAGAGGAACAACCAGAGCCUGAACGACUCGAACGGGAGCUACUCGCCGCCGUCCCUCACGCUGGAGACGCUGAACGGCAGCCUGGACGCGUCCCUGGCCAACAGCCCCGCCCACCCCAGCCCGGAGGCGCGCGGCAAGCUGCUCAAGCCGCGCUCCCUGGUCGAGCGCGCCCGCCUGAACGUCGGGUGGUUGGACUCCUCACUGUCCAUCAUGGAACAAGGAGUGCGAGAAUUUGACACGUUGUGCCUCCGUUUCAAGUUUUAUUCGUUCUAUGACCUUGACCCCAAGUACGAUGCAGUGCGUAUCAAUCAGAUCUACGAGCAGGCCAAGUGGCAACUGCUGAACGAGGAGAUUGACUGCACCGAGGAAGAAAUGUUGAUGUUUGCUGCCCUGCAGGUCCAGGUGACGCUCCAGGCCGGCGUGCCGCAGCCGCUGACGGAGAACGACAGCACGCUGGACGGGGACGACAUCGACCGGGCCUUGAACAACCUGCAGGUGACCUUGGAGGGCUCCAACAUCAGCACCGGCAGCGACAUCACGCAGAUACCGGAGCUGUUCGACUACCUCCGCUUCCUCAAGCCCAAGCGGUUCACCCUGAAGGCCUUCAAGCGGUACUGGUUCGCCUGCCGGGACCUGCACCUGGCGCUGUACAAGACGCGCGAGGAGGCGUCCCAGGGGGCGGAGCCCGCCCACCACGUCAACCUGCGGGGCUGCGAGGUGACGCCCGACGUCAACAUCUCGCAGGGGAAGUACGGCAUCAAGCUGGAGGUCCCGAGCGCCGAGGGCAUGACCGAGAUGUGGAUUCGCUGCGACACGGAGGAGCAGUACGCCAAGUGGAUGGCGGCGUGCCGGCUCGCCGCCAAGGGCCGCACCCUCGCCGACAGCUCGUACGACGCCGAGGUCAAGGACAUCGCCGCGUUCCUGCAGAUGCAGCGGCCGGCCCCGGCGCCCGCCAUCAGCCCCCAGUCGCUGGACAUCAGCCCCGACGACUACGUGGCCCCGCGCUUCCUCCGCAAGAUGAAGGGGAAGCUGGUGCAGAGAGUGCUGGAGGCCCACGCCAACGUGAAGGACCUGCCGCUGGUGGACGCCAAGCUCAGCUACAUCAAGGCCUGGCAGUCGCUGCCCGAGUACGGCAUCUCGCUGUUCAUCGUCAAGUUCAUGGGCCACCGCAAGGAGGAGCUGCUGGGGGUGGCCUUCAACCGACUCAUGAAGAUGGACAUCGGCACGGGCGACCACACCCGCACGUGGCGCUACAACACCAUGAAGGCUUGGAACGUCAACUGGGAGGUGAAACACAUGAUGGUGCAGUUCGAAGAAGGAAACAUAAUCUUCAGCUGCCUGUCAGCGGACUGCAAGGUCAUCCACGAGUUCAUCGGGGGAUACAUAUUCCUCUCGAUGAGGUCGAAAGAGGCGAACCAGACGUUGAACGAGGAGUUGUUCCACAAGUUGACGGGAGGCUGGUCUUAAACAGUCCUCACGAUGCUCUUGCACAUUCUCUUGCCUUAGACUAAAUUAAAUAAAAGAUUAUUAGAGAAUGCUAACAUUAAUGUAAUUUCAGCAGCAGGUUUUUUUUUUUUUUUUAAUUCAUCACUCUUCAAUAAUCCAUCUUAUUGGCAUUCAGUCUACCUGCAGUUUUACCCUUCUGUUAGAAAUCAUUCUUGGUGUUGUAAAGUUACAACACUGUUGUUACUGUUUUGUAUAAAACUAAUAAACACUGUAAUGGACAUUUUUAUAUUACCUAUAUUUAUACAAACUACCUACUUUGUAAAUACCACAAGAUAAGAUAAUAAUGAUAUUGUAGGGGUCUGUACAUAACCACUGCUGUAGUAAUACAUAAUAUGUAGGAAUACAAAGAGAAAAUUGUUUAUAUGACCAUAAAUUCAUAGUAUUUUUUUGUUGUAAAAAUUUUAUGUAAACUUUGUAAAUAUAAUCCAAUGUUGAUAGUGGUUGACGCUUUCGUUGUUUAACAAGUUGGCUAUCUGUUUUUGAAACAUUUGCUGUUUAUGAACUAUAUAUUGUUGUAUGUUAGUAAAAUGCCUUUUACCAGAAUAGAAUAAGUGACAGACCAGCAGUAUUUUAUUAUUGCAUGAAUAAAGGUUGCCUUUCAAAACAUUAUUGAAAAAAAAAAAAAUGUAAAUUUGAAAAAAUGUUUUUAUAUAGUAAAUAAAAUAUGCAGAUAAAUAUUUUCGUAUCGAAGAUCAUAGAAGUAGCAAUGAAUGUCUUUAAAUUGCUUAUCAGUAGUGAAUUUUCAUCAACAUUAUUGUAUUAUCAUCUUAAAUUUUUCUUCCUGAUUUUUUACAUUUAACACAUUUACAACUUGCUAAAGGGAAAGUAUUAGUAUCAAAAACCUUGAAAAUAUUGUCUGUGACUGUUUAUGCAAAUGAAGACUUUGGGUAUCAAUAGUAAUAAACUAACUUUUUUGUAAAUAUAUAGUGACCACAUUCAAGUUAAUGAAUGGGAAAUCAGUGACAACAAAUAUUUUUAUCAAGCUUUGAUGUUUGUAUUUUUCAAGAAUGUUUAUACCUUAAACUUUACUUCAGGGGAAAAAAAUCUUUUGAGUUUUUUUAGCACUAUUUACACAGAUGGUCUUCAAUUUUUUUUUUCUUUAACAGUUAAUUUAAUAGAUGAUGCUUUAAUAGCUAUGAAAUUGUGUUUGUUUCAGUAGCUACUAUCGUCAAUAACAUAUAAAAUGCUCUGUUCAGCAAACAAUUACUGAAGAAUAGAAAUUAUACUUCUGUCCAAAGAAUUGUUCUUUCAGAGGUUGAAAAGUAUUUCUCUUUCUGUCAUUCUUUUUUUAUUUGCUGAAUGGCAUCGGUUAUUUGUAAAUCCUUCGUUGCCUGAUACUGAAACAUCACUGUUUAGGUAGUCUGUAGGAUAGUUUUGUGAGGAUAGCUUUCCUCUAGGAUAUUUGAACGAAUCUGAACAAUUUCUCUCAUCGUGAAGAAAGUUGCCCAAUGCCAGUACAGAAAGUAGCAAGUAGUGCCUUUAAAUAAGUGAAACAUAUUACGAUUUAAUUAGUGAAUUGUGACUAAUAAAAUAACUGAUGUUAAAUUGUUUAUCAUCGUAAGGUUACAUUUAGAGUUUCUGUGAUGGAAGUGCAUUACUGCAAGUGCCUGUUUGUUGCACAAGGUUUGCUGUUACAAGUAUUAAAAAAAAAAAGUUUGAAAACUUUUCUUUCUAUGAAUUUUGAUAUGAGAAUUAGAAUUUUUGGUUUCUUUCAAAUGCCAAACCAAAUAGCAAAAGUUUUUUUAAUUUUCUGUACCAUAAAAAAAUGAAAUGUUUGCAAUUUUAUAGUUAAUUUAAUGAUACAUUGUUCUUUUAAUUGCUUUAAGAUUGACUCAAUACAUUUUUUGUAGCUUAAGAUUCUUCCUUGUGUGUGAAUUUUAUACAACAGCACAAUUUAUUGUGAGUGCCAACAAGUUUGUUUUCAAAUGUCUGCAGCGAUCAUGUGUUACAUGUUUUGGUUGCAAAAUUAGUUUUAAACUGUAAUUGUUUUGUACCUAAGUAACUUCAUUUUUUAGAUUUUGUUUUGAAGUUUGUAGUCUUGCUACAUUUUGUAAGUUUCAUUCUAGCUAUAGCUUUAAAUUAAUAAAACUAUUACAAUACAGGCCAUUUACCAUUAAUUGUUUUUCAUUACAAUGACGAAGUUAUUGCUGUAGUGUAUUUUAAUUAAUGUUAUUGAGUUCAUUGUUGUACAAAUUAAAGCUCUGCUAUAAUUUAAAA